CAUCCUCUCGCCUUCUCAGCCUGCGAGCGAUAUUGACAUCUUUCAUCAUCGUGAACCAUAGGAUUAAGUUAUACUUUUCUACUUGAUGGCAAGCCAUGGUGUUCCGCGCGUGAGAGGUGUCGAGAACUCUGCCAAGUCCGAACACGCGAAACAGAAAGAACAAGAAAAGAUCGCGAAAUACAAGACACUCAACGACACGGUCAAGACUCGAAUAGCUGACAAGCAAUACACCCUCGACACUUUCCACCACACCUCGGAGCUACUCACCGAAAACCCUGAAUACUACACAAUAUGGAACCACCGUCGAACUAUCCUCCUGCAUCUCUUCCAACCUAUCCCUCACGAUGAUCCAUCAACAGAAUCGACGUCCGACAGCGCGCCAUCGCCGGUCCCAAGCCCCUCCGUCCAGCACAUACACGACCUCAUAACGACCGAUCUACGAUUUCUCAUUCCCCUCCUCCAGAAAUUCCCCAAAUGCUAUUGGAUAUGGAAUCAUCGCCUGUGGCUUCUCUCACAAGCAUCACUGCUUCUCUCAACACCCACGUCCAUAGAUAUCUGGCGCGAGGAGCUUGGCCUUGUGAGCAAAAUGCUAGCACGCGACGCGCGCAACUUCCACGCCUGGGAUUACCGUCGGUUCGUAGUGUCGCGCCACGAACAACAGACAGGGAAGAGCUUAACUGAGGAAGAGUUUGCAUAUACGACGAAAAAGGUCAUGGGAAAUCUGAGCAAUUUCUCGGCUUGGCAUUAUAGAAGUAAGCUUAUUCCACGUCUACUGGAUGAGCGCGAGGCAGGCAAGGAGGACAGGAAGAGAAUGCUAGACGCAGAAUUUGACUUUGUUAACGAGGCUCUCAAUACUGAUCCGUAUGACCAGAGCCUAUGGUUCUAUCAUCAGUUCCUGGUCAGCACCUUGCAGCCAGAUGCAUCGGAGAAAAUCGCGACAGAACUAAGUAACCGGGAUCGCGUAGCAAGACUGGAGGCGGAGAUUGAGGCGAUCCGGGAGAUUGAGGAUGAUACGAAAGAUUGCAAGUGGCUAUACCAGAGCUUACUCAAGUAUUCGGCUAUAUUGCUCGACGUCGAAGCGGCGCAAAAGGCUGUCACGAACGAGGAUUUGAGUGUGUGGAUGUUGCAGCUGGAAACGCUGGAUCCAUUACGAGCAGGAAGAUGGACCGACCUAAAAAAACGUCUAAAUAUGUAGAGCACUCAGACUUCGACCUGACUCAUCGCAAUUAUUACGCUUUCCACCUGAGUAAUGUGAAUGAGUGCUUCAAGAAACUGAACUGGCCCUCCCCAUUCCAGGUGCUCUCCUCCAGUCCAACCUCCUCCUGGCCCUCCUUGUUGACAACGCCUGUGUUCUUACCUGUCACGGUGUACACCUGCACUUCCUUGGAAUCGACCCCAUUUAGAUCAGUGCUGAAGUCCCUCUCGUCAUGAAUGUUGACAACAGCAAGACUGACCCACCCAUCAUCACUCACCGCCGCGCUCACAUCCAACCAAGGCGUCUCUAUUGCGCCUCUGAUCCACCCAGGCU